AUGGACCGGCGUCUUCGACGCCCGCCGCCGGCUCGCCGCCGCUUGCUUCUGCUGCACUUGUGCCAGUGCUUACUCGUGAGGGGCUGGCAAUCUGAGAUUCUUCGGCCGGAGCCUCCCUUGCGAAUCAACCUUGUGCACCUGCUUGGGGCCACGGCUCCCGGGGCUCGGUUCCUUCUCCUUGCAGGGGUCACUUGUUUUGACAGUUUGCAGCCCGUGAGCCGCGCAAUUGCUGCUAUCUUUGCAGCCAUCCGAGAGCAGGUCGAUGAGCUUCUCCGCACCAUUGAUCUUACAGAUGCCGGGGGGAUUGAGGAUCAAGAAGCUGGUUCAGUCGUGCCAGAGUCUGACCAGAACAUUCCUGCUGCACCAAGCUUAGAUCAAGAGAUUCCGGACAACCAGCUGUUGUCAUUUCUUGAAGAUGAUGAGGUGUGGGACGGCCGAUCCCUUAGCGCCCCUGACCUUUCUUGUGCUGCUGAAAUUUCUGAAUCGGAGAGGGAGUGGUACUUGAUUGCGGGGUCGUUCGGGGCAGCCGCUGCAGAGUGUGCGCCUAGUGAGCAGUCACCACCGAGCUUGGAGCCAGAGCAAACUCUGGCAGUCCCGGCCCUGGACAGCAUCGCCGAGGACCAGUUGCAGCAGAGUGCCGUGGGGCAUAUCCAUAAGAGGCUCCGCUUGGAAGCCCCACUCCUCCCGUGGGAGACACAACCGUUUGCCGCAAUCUUCGGGGGCCCAUCUUGGCAUGACACCUUGCAGCGCCGGAUCAAUUUGGAUCUAAUGCCUGGGGUAGGUAGUGCCGACGUCCUUAAGCCUGCCGUGCCUAAGGUUCCUGCCCCUAAGCCCCAGAUCGUAGCAGCGUCACUUGCGAACCGUCUUCACCGCUUCCGGCCGGAGGCUUCAGACGAAGAUAUUCGCAAUCUUGCCUUAGCCAAGCUCAAGGUAUUGAUUACUAGUGACCCUCUGGCCAGUGAGCUGGGUAAGUCCUUGAUUGAUAAGCUGGGAGGUCUGGUGCAAGAGGCUGUGGUAGCUCAGUCCUUUGCAGAUGCUUUCCGUGCCAAGGCAUCAUCCACGCUCAAUGGGCAUGCUUGUGCGCUUACACGGUUCAGCGCGUGGUGUGCUUGCCAGGCGGCAGAACCGCUUCGAGUUGAUGAGGAGCAGCUAUAUGCGUACUUGUGUGAAAUGCGGUCCUCCAACCGGGGGGCUACUUCGGGAAACAAGUUUUUGCAGUCGCUGACUUUCUUGGAGUACUCCGUUGGAUUGAUCUUCUUUUCAACUGAUGUGGCAGUAUCUGCGAGGGUUCGGGGCGUAGCUCGUGACAUGGCCCUCACCAAGGCUCCGCUGUCUCAGAGGCCCCCACUCACUGUGGAACAGGUUGCGGCACUUGAGGCCCUACUUGUUAACGACCUGAAUGAUACCGACGCCUGUGUGCUGGGCCAGAUACUCUUUGCUGUCCACUCUGCCGGCAGGUGGAGGGAUAUCCAGGGGUUGCAGUCCGUGGAUGUCUCCGAAGGUUCUGAGACCACCCUGUUGCUUGCAAAUGGCCUGAAGAGCAAGACCACCCAAACGGCUGAGGCGCAAAGGAGGCUCUUGCCGUACGUCGCAAUCUCCACUGGUGUCUCGGGUUAUGACUGGGGUGACCGGUGGCUCACCGCCCGCAGGAACGAGGGCCUUCAGUGGGGAGGCGACUUCUGUCUCCCUUCGUUCUCCUUGAGGCUGGGGCAGUGGAGCACGGCCCGCAUGGGUUCCGGAGAGGCAUCAUCAUACCUUAGAGAUUUUCUUGAGGCCGUUAAUCUGCCGAACAGCAAAGUUGGGACCCAUAGUCUUAAGACCACCUUAUUGACGUGGGCGAGCCGCUCAGUUCGAAUCGACUUCAGUGAGCCCGAAAGGCUGCACCUGGGCCACCAUUCGGCCCCGGGCACCAGGUCGAUGCUCCACCUCGCCGAGGCCAUCAUGGUAGGGAGCUCGCAGGCGUCCAACUUGGGGCAGCACGCCCCAGCCGGGGAGGAUAGUGCCUCCUCCGACGAUUCCGACGCGGGGAUCCCAGAAGGUCACGGCGGGCGGCAGGCCGCAGACUUGGUUCGGGGGGCGUUCCCGGAUCAGUUCCUUCAGGACAUCGUGGUGCACAGGUUCUCGGGCAUAUCGCAUGUUGUUAAGGACUCCGGCAUGCUUUGGUGCCAUCGGCCUGUAAGUUCGAACUACACGCCACUGUCCGAAGCCGGCGUUGCUGCUGAGUUCCCUACUGCAUGCCAUCAGUGCUCGAGAGCCCUGGGCCUGGUAGGUGACUAG